AUGCGAGUAUGCACACGUCGGCGUUCUCUGACUUUGCGUGUGUGGCUGUUAAUUGUCUUCCUGAGCCUGCAUUUGCUCGUGGUUUCACUUGUCCUGUCGGUCUACCACACUUCCUGUGAGCUCCCUUCAACCUAUGGAAUCCAGACCACCAUCAGCUUCUCCACUCAAAAUGCAUCUACUUCAGAGAUCACAAUUUCCACUGCAGGAAGCAUCUCAAAGGAAGUGCAAAUGGUCGACCCAACAGGUGAUCUCGCCAAACUGGAUGCUCUAUUCUCCCAUCCGCUGUAUAAUUUGCCCACCCCACCUGUGCCUGAUGGGGACUGGCUGCUGAAACUCCGAAAGAAAGUAAAAGAGCAAGAACGAAGCACACAGCAGUGGGUCAGUGCCAAUGACAAUGGCUUUGAUCCUAUCCUGUGGAACACCAGUACUGACACACAUCCGCCUUGGCUCCGUUUUCACCUUGGUAUAUCUCGCUGGCAGAUGUAUCAGCACAAAGAUCCUAAUCUGUCAGCGCUGAAUCAGCAGCUGGCAUCUCAUCGUAUUGUCAGUGCAGUGCAAAAAUCAGGUGGGACUCAGCUGAAGUUGGUGAUGUCUUUUCCUAAUUAUGGACAGGCGCUCUUCAAACCCAUGAAACAGGAACGGCAUGAGGAAACCAAUGUGAAUCUGUAUUACUUUUCUGACUUUGAGAGGCACAAUGCUGAGAUUGCAGCGUUCCACUUGGACAGGAUACUGGGAUUCAGGAGGAUACCUCCAGUGGUUGGCAGGCUUAUUAAUGUAAUUAAAGAGAUCAAAGAGGUCACCACUGACCAUAAACUGGUCACAACAUUUUUCACUUCCCCAGUGGGUAAUACAUGUUUUCACGGCCAUUGUUCGUAUUACUGCUCCACUGAGCAUGCUGUCUGUGGGCGUCCUAUCAAGCUAGAAGGCUCUUUGGCGGUUAUGCUGCCAGACCUGUCGCUGGCGCCACGCCACUCAUGGAGGAGUCCCUGGAGGAGGUCCUACAGUAGAACCAAUCAGGCUGAAUGGGAGACAAAUUCCAACUACUGUGACACAGUAAAAAAGACUCCUCCGUAUGACCGGGGCACUCGAUUAGUGGAUGUGAUUGACAUGAGCAUUCUGGACUUUCUCAUGAGUAACAUGGACAGGCACCACUAUGAAACAUUUGAGAAGUUUGGCAACGACACAUUUCUCAUACACUUAGAUAAUGGAAGAGCGUUUGGACGUCACUCAAAAGAUGAACCUUCUAUAUUGGCUCCUCUCGUGCAGUGCUGCAGGGUCCGUCGGUCAACGUUACUUCGUUUACGUCUGCUCUCUCUCCCGCCUUAUCAGCUGAGUGAUGUCAUGCGCGCAUCUUUGUCUCGGGACCCCCUUGCAGAGGUCGCACCUCUCCUUUCCGAACCUCAUCUUUCUGCUUUAGAUCGGCGCCUGAAAGCAGUCAUGCAGUCCAUCCAAGACUGUCUGCAGCAGCAUCAACAUCACAGUGAUGUCAUAUAUGAUGACAUCACGGAUUACCCUCAGGCUUGACUUUGUAGUGUGUUGCAUUGUAUUCUUCACGUACAAAC